AUGAGUGAAUGCAACCAAGUCAAAUCAGACGGCGUAUGCUGGCUGGCAAAAGAGUGCAUUCAUCUCACUAACUUAGCUUUGGCGUAUCAAACGGGCGUUACAAAUCAAGCCAUACAGCUGUUUAUUAGUAACUGUCACCAAUUGACACACGUGGACGUUUCUGGCUGUCGACUUCUGACUGAUCAUGCGUUUAUCCCACUUAUAAAUGCAGUAGAUGAUAACCUGAUGAAAACUACACUUGAAACUUUAAAUCUCAGUGGUUUAGACUCAAUAUCAGCUACACUGAUACACCAACUGUUAAAUAAAGUUUAUUCACUGCAAGAAUUAUGUUUGGGUGUUACAUACGAUCUAGAUGAAGCAGAUCGCAUUCUCGACGUAGUAAACAGUGGAGGAGAAAUACAAUUCUUUAUAGACUAUUAUACCAUCUAUAGAUUACCGGCAUCAAAGAAACAAAAGACAAGAUUAAGGACACUAAGUCACCAUGAAAGAAGCACAGUUUUAUCAAAUGAUACGAGUGUACCUAUCUUUUCACUACCAUCUGCAUCCACUUGGAAUUUACCACCACCCGUUUUCCCAUUAUAA